UGAUGUAGAUCAUCAAAAGGCUGACUGGGUUAGUAUCCACGAGCAAAUAUGCCAGCUGCUGAUUCCAAUCCGUACACCCCUCCCUUUUCUCCCUUCUGAAAAAGAAAGAAAACAUGGCAUGGAACAGCUGCUGAAGAGGCAGAAAUACAUCAUCAAGCUCGCGUACAGCGCAGCCCAGGAGUUCAUUUUGGGUAAAAAACAUAAAGAAGCGAUACCUGCAGCUUUGCAUGCACUGCGUUUCAGCACCGACGUGUACGGUUCCAAUUCCGUGCACUUGGUGCCUGCUUAUCUCCUCUUGGCUGAGGCCUCCAUGGGUAUUGGCCACCUUCCACAGGCAUCCAAGUAUCUCUCCCAAGCCCAGUGGAUUGUCCUUAGAACUCCAGACUGCAGUGUUGCUCUUCAGUGUGAAUUACAUCGUGGUCUGGGGCUUUUCUGUGCUGCCAAAGGAAACUUUGAAGAGGCUUUAUAUCACCUGGCGCAUGAUAUUUACCUUGCUAGUUCUACGUUUGGACUAAAAUCUCUUGAGACCUGUAGAGGGUACUUCCACAUGGCUAAUGUUUUCGUUCUCCAGAACAAAAUGGACAUAGCAAACUUGCUCUAUGCUGAGGUAACUGGCACCUGGCAUGCCUUUCUCGUGAAGUCAGUCCAAGCGCAGGAGCCAGCUCUCAAGUCACGACCGGAAAUGUCUCUGUCCACUGAGGACAAGGAAGUCGUCGGGGAGCGUAUGACUGAAGCCCAGCAGGUGGAAGCAAUCCGAGUACUGAAUGCGGUGUUGGAUGUCAGAGAGCAGGCACCAAAGCAGCAACCUGUGGAGACUGCCAGAGUUCUGCAUGCUCUUGCCAUGCUUUAUUUCCUGGUCAGGGAUUUCUCAAAGGCCCGAGAGGUGGGGAUGAAAGCCUUCAACCUGGUGAAACAGCUGCCCCAGCAGGAGUCUCUGGACGCCAUUGAUCGUUUGUUGAAGUUGAUUAACUCCAAGCAGUAA